UAUGAUUUCUUUGAGAUACCUAUUUUGUGUAAAAGCGAAGCGUUACUUUAACUGGAUUUGACUUUAAUUGGUGGCACGUUUCUUAUGACGUCGAAGUAGUCGUGUAGCGUCAAUCUCGUUGCAAUCUUGGCCUUGAGCUGUCAGCUGAUCGGCGCGCAUAAACCGUGCCAAAAGUUUGGCCACUGUUUUUAUGUGCUGAACCAUGUCUGUAGAAGGCAGACUCUGUACGGCGUCGACAGCGUACCACCGUAGCGCACCGCGUUAUCGAGUUCCCUAAUCAACAACCAGCUGGUCGAUAAUUCAUUUUCCUUCGAGCCGGUGAUUUUUGGACUAUUGUGGCGCCGCAGUGCUCGUUAUCGCUGGAGGCAGUAUUGUCAACAAUCAGCCGAAAUCGAUCCUAUUCAAGCCACGCAAACAGAAAAUGGAUAUCAAUCGUCCAUCGUCCUGCAACUCGUCGUGCUCGUCGCACUGUUUGGGAACUUCGCUGCCAGCCAGUUUUCUUGGUGGCGGAUUGCGAAGAAACCGCUCUUCCUCUGAUUUGCUGGAUCUGCCUAACCGCAGUACAAUAGAAUCGCUGCGGCCGUACGCGUCGCCCAACGAACGCUCCAUGCAUAAUGUGGGGGACAAAGUCUGCAGUCCCAAUGUCAUCGUCAUGGUGGGACUGCCAGCGCGCGGGAAAACAUACAUCUCCAAGAAACUGACGCGCUAUCUGAACUGGAUUGGCAUCAAGGCACGCACCUUCAAUUUAGGGGAAUACCGCCGCCAAGCCGUUCAGGGCUAUCGCAGCCAUGACUUUUUCAGGGUGGACAACGAAGAAGCGAUGAAAAUCCGCGAGCAAGUGGCGAAAGACGCUUUGCAGGACACAUUUAAGUGGUUCGAAGAGGGAGGCGAUGUUGCCAUUUACGAUGCCACCAAUACAACUCGCCGACGCCGCAAUUUCAUUCGCGAAUCCUGUUUACCGCGUGGCGUUAAUGUUUUCUUUGUGGAGAGCGUAUGCAACGAUCCGGAAAUCAUCAAGAACAACAUACAAGACGUCAAACUGAAUGGACCCGACUACAAGACGUUCUCGGCGCCGAAUGACAUGGCUCUGACAGAUUUUAUCCAGCGAAUUAAGCAUUACGAAGCGGCGUACGAGCCAUUGGACGAUAAUAUAGACCGUGAGUUAUCAUUUAUUCGGAUAUACAACGCUGGGCAGAAAUAUUUGGUUAACCGGCCGGGAGGACACAUUCAGAGUCGUGUGGUCUACUUCCUCAUGAAUAUCCACAUUACCCAUCGUACGAUUUAUCUGACGCGCCAUGGCGAAAGCGAGCACAACUUGAUUGGAGUGCUGGGUGGCGACAGUGAUUUAUCCGAGCGCGGCAUGGAGUACGCCAGGAAAUUAGGAGAUUUUGUUAAGCAAGAGAACAUCCCGGGGUUGCAUGUAUGGACCAGCCAACUGAAAAGGACAAUACAGACGGCGCAGUUUAUCGAUGCACCCAAGGAGAAGUGGAAGUGUUUGAAUGAAAUCCAUGCUGGAAUCUGCGAAGAACUAACUUACGCGGAGAUACAGCAACUUUACCCGGUGGAAUUUGCCAAUCGAGACGCGGAUAAAUUUCAUUAUCGUUAUCCCGGUGGUGAAUCUUAUGAGGACGUAGUCGCACGUUUGGAACCUGUGAUUAUUGAGUUGGAGCGGCAGAAUAAUGUUUUAGUAAUUGGUCACCAAGCCAUAUUGCGCUGUUUACUGGGUUAUUUCCUCAAUCAGCCCGCCGAACAAUUGCCCUACCAAAACGUGCCCCUGCACACGGUGGUCAAACUGACGCCGCGCGCCUACGGCUGCGAUAUGGAUUUGAUUCCUUUAAACGUGGAAGCGGUCGACACUCACCGACCGCGACCCAAAAAUGUGAGUGCUGUGCGGAGCCGGGACGAAGCGCUGGAGACUACACCUGAUCCCAUCAUUAUUCGAACAAUGGACGAGAUCCAGAAAGCCUGACAUUAUCGCAUGAUGCAUGGCUCGGUGUGAUGGUGACGCAAAACUGUGGUUCUGGCAUUUACUGGAACCCUGGACAUACGUUCCACGCUUACCGCAUGGCAUAUUUAUUGUAUGGAGAACUAGUAAUGACACAUUAUUUCGCAAAGCUUUUUAUGUGGAGUAUUUUUGCUACUGUUUGUUUUCACAUUGUUUUAUUGUGGUUUGUAUUAGAAAUCUGGAGUAGCAAAUUUUAAAAUACUGAGUAAAACGCUGAAUCUGUG